GUCCAAGUCGACAGUGACUGUUGUCCCAAAAGUGACGUGAUGGACAUUGGACGCCGGGCCUCGGCAUCUUCCGAAACCACUCUACCUCCACCAUGACCCCACCACCGCUGUCGACGCCCUUCGCGGCGACGAGGCAUGCCAAUGGCUCCGUCUACACUCUGGAUACCGUCCACGAUCAGGACAUUGACGACGCCUCGGAGCGCUCGUCGCUCAUCUCGCCAACCACGCCAGGGUACGGCGCCGCCUUUCCGCGACAUGAUGAGCAUCGGGGGCGAGUGAAGAGCGGCCGGAUCGUCUUCAACGCAGCCCUCAAGAUGGCCUGCAUAUUUAUCGUCAGCGUCGUGCUUUUGGGCGGCACGCUAUACGUCGCCUUGCCCACAUUAGAAGAGGCCGACCGACCCCUCUUGCGCAUCCCGAAGUCCUUUGACCAGCUCAAGGAUCUGAACUUCUUGCUCAAGAAAUAUCGCAACAUCUAUCCCUUCCGCGUCCUGAUAUGCUACAUCAUCACCUACCUCUUCCUGCAAGCAUUCUCGCUGCCAGGAUCCAUGUACCUUUCUAUUCUCGGUGGCGCUGUUUGGGGCGUAGCAAGAGCCCUCCCCCUCGUAUGCGUCUGCGUCGCUACUGGCGCGACGUUGUGCUAUCUCAUCAGCGCCGCACUCGGCCCGGCGCUCCUCACCCUCCCCCGAGUUCAGGCGAAACUCGACAAAUGGGCGACGACGAUCAGACAGAACAAGGAGAAUGUCAUCUCCUUCCUCAUCGUCCUGCGCAUCGCUCCCUUGCCGCCUCACUGGGUCGUCAACGUCGUCUGCCCACACGUGGGCAUCGGCAUUGUGCCCUUCUGGCUCUCGACGGGCCUGGGGAUCCUCGGUGUCAGCGUCAUCCACACGACCAUCGGCGGCGGGCUCGACGAGAUGACGAGCGCAGAUGACUUCCACCUCAUCAGCUGGAAGAACUUCUUCCUGCUGUCGGCGGUCGUCGUUGGCGUGAUGAUCCCUGUAGGCCUGCGCUACUGGUUCCGCCGCGAGGUGGCGGACCUGCAGGUCAUCGAGGAGGAGCCGGCGCUGGAGGACGAGCGCAUACUCGGAGGGGACCGCAUACUGGCUGUGGGUCCGCCGGGCGCGUCGAAGAAGGUCGGCACGACCUGUCCGAUGGAGCCGUACUACGACGAUGAGUCGUCGGAUGACGAUGAAGACGUUAUUUUGGAGGCUGGUCCGGCGAUUCCUGUGUUCAAAGUCGACGACGACGAUGAGCAGGAGUCAGCGACAGCGCGGUCCUAGGUUUGUCGUCGGUGGACUUUGAUCCUGUACAGAUAUAAUCACAAUGUCCAAUGUACUACUUAUCGUCACUCGUUUGUCGUACGCCAGUUGAUGACUAUCUAUGCUACUAGAGUUUUGGAACUCAUAUCUGGGAGCGGGAAGCAUCCAUGAGGC